CCCGCUGCUACGAAAGUUUUCGGAGACUUUUCCAAAUGUCCCUAAAUGAUCCACAUAUGACUGAGCUGUCAGUGGAAACCAGGAAAUUAAAGCUUUUCCUGAGUCCCUCCUCCUCUGUCUCAUGUAAUAGCUUGUUUGCUUAAAGAUCAGCGCACAGGGGAUUAAAACCGCAUCGAUCACUCGAAACAGAUCUACCGGAUCAAUAACUCGGUGAGUGACUGAGCGACAUGGAUGCGAGCUGCCGGGACUGGAUGUCAGCCUUGCCUGAUGAGCUGUGGGACGUUCCUCUCACACACCUGGCCAUUCCAGGAAGCCACGAUGCCAUGAGUUACUGCCUGGACAUAAACUCCCCGUUGGUCAGGGCUGAGUCGGACUUUUUCCGGCUCCUGGAUGGAGUUUUUAGCUGCUUCACAAGGCCGGCCAUUUUUAGAUGGGCCACCACACAGGAUAAAACCAUUGAAGAACAGCUUUCAAUGGGGAUUCGGUACUUUGACCUUCGUGUUGCACACAAACCAAACGACUCGUCCAGCGACUUGUACUUCACACACGUCAUAUACACUCAUGUGACCGUACUGGAAACACUUGAGUCUGUUGCUGCUUGGCUCGAGGCUCACACGAAGGAGAUCGUUAUCCUCGCUUGCAGCCAUUUUGAAGGAAUGGAUGACAAAUGCCACGAAUCGUUCAUUUGGUCCCUGAAGAAACUGUUUGGCUCUAAGCUGUGUCCCCAGAAGGAAUCGGCGCUGACCUUGCGGAGUCUGUGGGCGUCGGGUUACCAGGUCAUCCUCUCCUAUGAAUGCCAGCUUGCAGUGAGACAUCAGGAGCUGUGGCCUCCCGUCCCUUACUGGUGGGCCAACCAGCGCAGAGCACAUGGAGUCAUGACUUACUUGGACUGGCACAAAGACCUGGGACGUCCAGAGGGCUUCUUUGUGUCCGGCCUGAACCUGACAGCUGACAGAUAUUACAUCACCAAGAACCAGAAGGAAUCCCUGCGGACGCUCACCUACAGCAACUGGGAGUAUUUGAGGACAUGGCUUGAGGAACAGAGUCCCGGAUCAGACGCCGGGAGCCUCAACAUCAUCGCGGGAGACUUUGUGGGUUCACUGCCGCUCUGCUCUGCCGUGAUUGCACUGAACCAAAAACUUUGCCGGAAGAACUCCAGACGGAUGAAAAAGCAUUAUUAGCCACAUCAAACCUCAUUUCCUGUGUUCCUCGGUGUCUCACAGUUUACGUGAAUUUUUGUCUCCACUAAGACUUGAAAGAACUGUAACUUCUGUCUGCCUCAACAUCAACUCAUGAGGGCAUUUUAUGCUUAGUACAACCUUUUUAUUCCUAUACUCGACUAGAGUGGCUUCGUGAAACCCUCAGUUUACCAUAAAAACAAGCUGUUUUAGCCCCUCCCCCUUUAGCCAACUUUCUUCGGACUUGCUGCCAGUCGCAAGCAGAAGGUUUUCACAGCAGGUGUGUGUAGAAAGAGAUGAAACUCUGAAACUGAGCAUUUAGAGCCAUCUGAAGUUUGCCUUUUAUCUCUCGUGGGUCAUUUGUGCAUCUGAAUCUUUGUGCAAUCUGAGUUUUUACAAGAAAACAUUGUAACAGAUUUGUAUCAUUAUAUAUUUUAACAUACUGUACAGUAAAAGCAGUCUUUUCUUUAA